AUGACUAUGCAUCAAGGUCUUAAGCAAGCUAAAAAUAAGAGAUCCGAACGAAUGGCUAAAAGAGGUCCAGCAGUACUUCAAGAAGAAAUCAAUAACAAUGAUGAUUGGACAAGAAUUAUGGAAAAUCCGGGAAUGUAUAUUAUUGACGUUUAUGCAGAAUGGUGCGGCCCUUGUGUAACAAUGACAAAUUACUUAAAAAAAAUCAAAAUGGAAUUAGGAAAUGAAAAUCUAAAUUACGCCAUAGCAAAAUCGGACAAUAUUAAUGUACUAAAAAGAUUUCGACAAAAAAGUGAACCCCAUUGGUUGUUUUUUUUUGAUGGAAAAUUGGUUAAUGUCGUAAUUGGUACUGAUGCUCCCAGAUUAACGAAAUUAAUAGUGGAGGAGUUGGAACAAUAUAUUAAAUACAAAAAUGGAGAGAUUCAAAAAGAGUUUAUACCAAUGAGUAAAGUGACAGAUGAAGAACGAAAAAAAUUAAUCGAAAUUGAAAAUUAUCAAAAACAAAAAACAAGAAAAGAAAAAAAACUAAGAGAUAAAAGAAUGAUGAAAGUGAGAGAACGUUCUCUGAAACAAUUCGCGUAUAACAUUCAAAAGCAAACAUGUGUCAUGUUUUUCCCUCACACAGUUAAAUAUAUUAUGGUGGAAAAACCACCGGAAGAUAGCGCCGAAGAACUCAAUAACACAUCUGAACCUGUGAUGAUAAAAAAAAGGGUAUGUGAAGUGGCCAACUCGUGUGCUAGUAAGUAUGAGGAACUUAUCGUUAUUGAAGCAAAAGAAGUGAGAUUGACAGAAGACAAUUUAAACGAGCUGUUUUUUAUGGAAAAGGAGUUUUUGGAAAGUUUUCCACAAGAAUUAAUUGAUGAAUUAUUGAAUAAAAAUGUGUAUUCUGUAAUGUUGUCAAUGCCUACUGUUAAACACGAUACCGCUACCGAAGAAGCAGCCACAGAUGACGAAAAUAAACCUAUUUCCAUCGACUUAAUGGGAGAAAUAGAGGUGAAGUUGAGCAAGAUAAUUUACGGAGAUGGAAGCCCAUUAAACCCUGGUCUAGAUUCACUUGCAGAUAUACAUUCGGUAAUGAAUGAAAACGGACAAAAAAUACCGUCGGUAUACACCCCCAGAAAUCCAUUGAGUAAAGCUUCGGCGCUUACCAUUUUGUUCCAUAAAUUCUGCCAAAACAAUGGAUACGUCGCACCCCAUCCACCUUCUCCACAGUAUCUUGUCAUUUUUGAUAUCAACAAAUCUAACACUGUGUUACCAAUAAUCGAGGAUUUAGAAGAAACGGUUGUGUAUUACGGGUUUUUUCGUAGCGCUGAUCCCGAAAAUCCCAAACUACUAUGUAAAGACCCCGAAUUAUUGACUACAUAUGGUAUGGAUAAGGUUGGCAGAGACGCCAAAUUAGUGUUGUCUGUGCUUAUGGACGACAAGGACAAAAGCCUGUUGCGGUUCGUUGACGUAGGGCCAAUAUAUGUGAGCCCGAAUCAGGAAGUGGGCAUUGACGAUGCCAUUAAGUUUUUCCCAUACAACUUUGAUGAGAUGGAAGGUGAAAUAAAGUUGUGGUUAGACCAACAAAAGAUUCAGAAUGAGAAUAUGGGCGAAGAAUAUGACUUUGGUGAAGGUGAAGAGGUAAUAUUAGAAGAAUACUCGAAAGAUUUGUAA